AUGGUCUGGACCACUUUUUGGAGGGGGGAGAUGAGCCUCGCCGCGCGUGUCGUCGCGCUCGUCCCGACCCGUUCCCGCGCGGCUCGUCCCAACGCCACACGCCAUCGUCGCGACAUCGUCGUCAUGGCAUCUGCGACGUCGACCGACGCGUCGUUCGUGGGGCGAUGGACCCGCGACGGAUCGCGCAGCGUCAACGCGGAGGCGUACCUCGCGUCGCACGGCCUCGACGUCGCCAAGGCGGCCGAGCGCGCGGCGGCGCCGUACGAGCAGGAGUGGCGCGAGACCGGCGCGGAGGAGGGCGAGUUUCUGGUGCUGACGGACCCGGGAACCGGACGCGGGGUCCGAUCGCUCGUCUACCCCAUCGGCGAGUGGGAGGAGGAGUUCAAGGGAUCGAGCGAACUCUUCGGCGCCGAGCCCGGCGUGGUGUACCGCAACACGACGUACAACGAGAUUCCGCACCUCGGACCGGUGCACCUGACCGAGAGCGCCACGCCGCUGGGAUGGGAGACGACGCAGCGGACGCUGAGUAAGGACGGGAACGAGAUGGUGGUGGACAGGUCGUUCACGCCGAGGAUGCCGGACGGAUCCGCGGGUGAGAAGAUCAGCAGCAAGGAGUACUUCACGCGGGUGAUGGUGUUCAGGCCCCUCGACGCGUCGUGA